AUGUCGUACAACCCGCGCAUGAGCAUGGCGCGCAACACGUCCUACAAUCAGCGCGCCCCCGCCGUAGAGUCCGACGCCUUCAUGACACUGCCCGACGUCGAAAUCGCAGGAUGCAUCACCGACAUUGGCAUCAACUUCACCGUCGCGGACCUCCAGAAACCCAACCCCCAGAUCAUCCAGAAGGUCUUCGAGUGGCUGGCCGAGCUGCUGAUGAACACGACGCGCGACGUCGUUGCGCCUGCCAUGAGGGCCGCGGCGGACGACGUGGGCGGCCCAGAGGCAGAGAGGCUCUUCACGAGCGACACACGGGAUCUGAUGGGCUUCUUUGUAAUACUGAGGAAGCUCCUGCGCGAGUGCGGAAUCCACGACUUCACCUUCCAGGACCUCUAUAAGCCGACGCAUCCGCGCCUCGUCAAGAUCUUCUCCUACAUGAUCAACUUCAUCCGUUUCCGCGAGGCGCAGACCGAAGUCAUCGACGAGCACUUCAACAAAGCGCAGCGCACGAAGCUGCGGAUCGAGCAGCUCUACGACGAAAAGCAGACUAAGGAGAUGCAACUCCUAGACCUCGAGCGCAACCGCGCCGCGACCCAGAAGGUCAUGAAAGAGAAGGAAAAGCGCAACGGCGAGCUAAAAACGCGGCUGCUCGAGCUGCAGCAGGCUCAAAAGGCCGUGCAGGAGAAACUGGACCGCGCGAAAGAGGAGCAAAACAGGCUCAAGGCGCUGCUGCAGCAGAAGGUGGAGAACAAGGAGAACGUGAGCCGAGAGGUCUUGAAGUUGAAACCGUACACCCAGCAGAGCCCCACCGCGCUGGAAGACUCCCUGCGCGAUCUCAACGACCGGUUGACCGGCGACAAGACCCAAAUCGAGACUCUCGAUCGCCGCGCACGCGCUCUGCAGACAUCGACCGAUUCGUUCAACGUCGUGGCGGCCGAUGUCACUUCUUGCACGCGUCUGCUCACCGAUGUUCAAGCCGAUCUCACCAAAGAGGAGGAGGAGCUAGCGAAGGCAGCGCGGCAUAGAGACGCACUUGCAGACCGCAGCAACAACGUCCGGGAUGUCGAGAGACAGGAGAGGCUCCUGCAGAAGCAGCUCGGCAACGUCAACGCGCGGACAGGGAAGCUGAAAACCAAGGCUGACGAAGAGGCUGAGCGCGCCCGUAAGAGGAUGGAAGAGCUGCGGGAGACGCACGCUAAGCUGGCCGAGGAGCGGGGUGAGAAGGGCCGCGAGAUGGAGAGGCGGAGGGUGCGCAUCGAACAGACGGAGAAGAAGAUGGCUGAGCUCAAAGACAGCAUCGAGAACGAGGUGCACGCUGCGCAUGACGAGUACAUCAAGAUGGAGAGCCAUAUCAAGCUGUACAUCACCGAGAUGGAGCAGAGUAUCUAGGCAAACUAUGCGCGCUAUAUCCGAGUCCCUACUCUGUCCGAAGGGCGCUCUGAACUAUGGUGUGGAGAUGAGAUGAUGACGGUGUUUUUUGGGGGGUCGUCGAGGCACUUCAAGCGAUGAUUACCGGGUUCCCAGACAGAUAGAUAGAUAUCUCAUCGUAUGCUAAAUGCAUGUCUCCUUAUUCUCC